ACCCGACAGAUCGGCAUUACCAUAAUUUCAAACUCCACUAUUUCUACAAACUUUCGUUCCAACUCUUGUCACAAGAAAAAUUCGUUAAACUAAAUUUGUGGUAAUGAUAUUCCCCCGUGGAAAAUUUGCCCCGAGGCUUUAAAUUUAAUGAAGACACCUCACCGGGAGUCUCUCACCCCGGAAAGACAGUAUUUUAUCUCGCGAAGGUUGACAGUGUCUAUCAUUAAAAUUCAUAUCUCGUUCUCCCCAUAUUUACACUGCUGUAAACUAUCUCGAGACUAGAUGAAACGUGACAAAGUGACACAAUCACUCGCAUAAUGACGUAAUGAAAUAAAUCAGUCUAAAAAAUAUCCGUCAAAAAAUAAAUUUGCGCGAGCGACAUUUUUUUCAAAACGGAAAAACCGAUUCUUCGGCUCGAAAUGACAGCGACUGAGGAAAAUCAACCCCUCAUCACCACCCCCACCCCUUCUACGAGUACUCAGAGGACUUCCUACGACUCCGUGAUAUUCACGAAGGAAAAUGGUCAUCAUCCCGAUACCCACACACCCAGGACCGAGGCUAUCCUCCGAAUGGAGCCAGUGGUCUCUAAAUAUGAGACCCAUUCCAUUCCAGAUACCAACGACAGGAUCACCUACACCUGGAGUGAGGUAAACGUCUACUACACGUCGCGUAAUGGCAGGGCCUGGGAUCGUAUGUUCCGGAGGAAAAAACCGGUUGAGCAGAGACAUAUUCUCAAAGACGCUUGUGGAGUUGCUUAUCCUGGGGAAUUAUUGGUGAUAAUGGGGUCUUCGGGCGCGGGGAAGACGACCUUAUUGAAUGCCCUGACAUUUCGCUCAUCCCGAGGUAUAACUGUCUCGGGGACGAUGGCUGCGAAUGGACGACGAGUCACAUCGAGUGUUCUUACGUCGAGAACGGCGUAUGUACAGCAGGAUGAUAUAUUCGUAGGGACUCUCACGGUGCGCGAGCAUUUAUUGUUUCAAGCUAUGGUGCGAAUGGACCGGGACAUACCGUAUAAGCAGCGGGUUAAAAGAGUCAACGACGUCAUAUCCGAAUUGGCGCUGACAAAAUGCAGGGAUACGAUCAUCGGGGUCCCCGGGCGGGUGAAAGGCCUCUCCGGUGGAGAAAUGAAAAGAUUGUCAUUUGCUUCUGAGGUACUCACCGAUCCGCCACUGAUGUUCUGCGAUGAACCCACGUCAGGACUCGACUCCUUCAUGGCGCACCAGGUGGUGUCCGUGCUGAAGGCUCUAACAGCCAGAGGAAAAACUAUCAUCGCGACCCUUCAUCAGCCGUCUUCAGAGCUAUUUGCCCUUUUUGAUAGAAUCCUCCUCAUGGCCGAAGGACGUGUCGCCUUCAUGGGGACUUCUGAACAAGCUUAUGCGUUUUUCAAAACGAUGGGGGCUGUUUGCCCCAGUAAUUACAAUCCGGCAGAUUACUUCGUACAGGUUCUGGCGGUGGUGCCAGGACGUGAGGCCUCCUGCAGACACACCAUCAACGCGGUCUGCGACGCAUUUCAGAGGAGUGACAACGGAACUAAAAUCGCUCUCGAGGCUGAGACGAUACAGGGGGAAUUCGAGGAGUCCCUGAGGAACCCUCAGGGAAAGGAUAAUGGGAGGUCGCCAUACAAGGCCUCCUGGUGCGAGCAAUUUCGCGCAGUCCUCUGGAGGUCCUGGUUGUCCGUCAUCAAGGAGCCGAUUCUCAUCAAAGUUCGAUUACUUCAGACACUUAUGGUGUCUCUGUUGAUCGGAGUGAUCUACUAUGGGCAGAGGCUAGAUCAAGACGGUGUGAUGAACAUAAAUGGCGCACUCUUUAUUUUUCUGACGAACAUGACCUUCCAGAAUGUUUUCGCUGUUAUCAGUGUUUUCUGCGCUGAGCUACCGAUAUUCCUACGAGAGCACAGGAAUGGAAUGUACCGGACAGAUAUUUAUUUCAUAUGCAAAACCCUUGCAGAGGCACCAAUUUUCGUGGCAGUCCCCGUUCUUUUCACGACGAUAGUCUACCCGAUGGUCGGAUUAUAUCCUGGGGUCGAUCACUUCUUCAUCGCCGCUGGAGUCAUGACGCUCAUUGCCAACGUCGCGACUUCAUUCGGAUAUCUCAUUUCGUGUGCCAGCACUAAUAUUUCUAUGGCUUUGUCUGUCGGUCCUCCUGUGAUCAUCCCAUUUUUGUUAUUCGGGGGAUUCUUCCUGAACACUGCAUCUGUUCCUGUGUACUUCGAGUGGUUCUCCUAUCUGUCGUGGUUUCGUUACGGUAAUGAGGCACUGCUCAUUAACCAGUGGUCCGAGGUUGAAACAAUAGCCUGCACGCGCAGUAAUGCGACCUGUCCUAAGACAGGCCACAUGGUCCUGCAGACCUACAACUUCGAUGAGGGGGAUUUUUACAGAGAUAUCAUCGCGCUCUGUGCUCUCAUCGUCAGCUUCAGGUUCAUCGCGUUUUUGGCGUUGUUAUCGAAAACUUUACGAAAAACUUGAAUCGAUUUACAUUUUUAUCAAAAAAUGCAUUCCAAAAAUGUGCUUGUAUGAACAGGUGAAGUCUCGAACUCGACUUGUUCUCUGGUUGAAUUUUUGGGAAGAGUAAAAUAAAGAUUUAAUUGACUCUA